GUUGGUAAGGAGAGGAAGCCCGGAAAGGAGCUUUGGCGCCCGCGCCGCGGGGCCGUCGGCGUCUGCGCCUGCGCGCACAGGAGGCGUGGCCAGCGCUGGGCAUGGCGGAGCCAGACCUAGAGUCGGAGCAGAUCCGUCUGAAGUGUAUUCGUAAGGAGGGCUUCUUCACGGUGCCUCCGGAACACAGGCUGGGACGAUGCCGGAGUGUGAAGGAGUUUGAGAAGCUGAACCGCAUUGGAGAGGGUACCUACGGCAUUGUGUAUCGGGCCCGGGACACCCAGACAGAUGAGAUUGUCGCACUGAAGAAGGUACGGAUGGACAAGGAGAAGGAUGGUGAGCAGGAAGAUGGGGUGCUGGGACCUCACACUGGGAGGAGGCAGAAAGGCAUCCCCAUCAGCAGCCUGCGGGAGAUCACGCUGCUGCUCCGCCUGCGUCACCCCAACAUCGUGGAGCUGAAGGAGGUGGUUGUGGGGAGCCACCUGGAGAGCAUCUUCCUGGUGAUGGGUUACUGUGAGCAGGACCUGGCCAGCCUCCUGGAAAAUAUGCCAACACCCUUCUCGGAGGCCCAAGUCAAGUGCAUCGUGCUGCAGGUGCUACGGGGCCUCCAGUAUCUGCACAGGAACUUUAUCAUCCACAGGGACUUGAAGGUUUCCAACUUGCUCAUGACUGACAAGGGCUGUGUGAAGACAGCGGAUUUCGGCUUGGCCCGGGCCUACGGUGUCCCAGUAAAGCCAAUGACCCCCAAGGUGGUCACUCUCUGGUACCGAGCCCCCGAACUGCUGUUGGGAACCACCACGCAGACCACCAGCAUUGACAUGUGGGCCGUAGGCUGCAUCCUGGCCGAGCUGCUGGCCCACAAGCCCCUUCUCCCUGGCACUUCCGAGAUCCACCAGAUUGACUUGAUCGUGCAGCUGCUGGGGACACCCAGUGAGAACAUCUGGCCGGGCUUUUCCAAGCUGCCGCUGGUCGGCCAGUACAGCCUCCGCAAGCAGCCCUACAACAACCUGAAGCACAAGUUCCCGUGGCUGUCGGAGGCCGGUCUGCGUCUGCUGCACUUCCUGUUCAUGUACGACCCUAAGAAAAGGGCGACGGCCGGGGACUGCCUGGAGAGCUCCUACUUCAAGGAGAAGCCCCUACGUGAGUGUCCAGGGUUCCUCAGACUCGCUCUGCAGGGAGCAAAAACGGCUGGGAGCCUAUUUUGCCGGGAGUGGGUGGUGGUGAAUUGGCCUGGUGCCCUCACUGAUGGCACCCCCUUUCUAGGGUAAGAGGACAGGGGCAUGUGGAGGCGCAGACAGCCGAGGGCCAGGUCCAGAGGCAGAGCUGGACUCAGACCUGGGCCUGCUUCCCCUAUCUGGGUCCCUGCCCUGCCCAGCACUGAGCCACCCUUCUCCCUGCAGCCUGUGAGCCGGAGCUCAUGCCCACCUUUCCCCAUCACCGCAACAAGCGGGCCGCCCCGGCCACCUCUGAAGGCCAGAGCAAGCGCUGUAAACCCUGACGGUGGGCCUGGCAUACGCCUGUAUUCCCACACCACGUCUUCCGGGCAGCGGUGUCCGUGAAGGGUGCUAGUAUGAGCUGACGAGGUGCCUGGGACCCAGCUCAUCCCCUUGACUGACUUCCUCCACUGACUUCCUCCCACUGUCUGCCCUGAACCCACUACUGCCCCCAAAAACAGGCAGGGCAUGAAUGCAGGGCGACGCGGGAGGGGGCUUCCAGCCCGUGCACCCUGGAAGGGUGGGUCUGGUGGCCCCAUCUGUGGCCGCAGGGGUCCUGCUGUGUUGGAAACAUGGGACCACUGAGGGGUCUCCUGCGGUUCUUCCCCUCGCUGUACUGGAAGCAUGGGACCACUGCUUCUUGGGAGGAGUGGCGGCUGCAGUACCCUCGCUGUCGUCGAGUUGUGGUGGAUGCUGGCCUGGGAUCAGCGGGCCCAGAAGACCUUCGUAUCCCCCCUCGGGCCUGGGGCUGCCCCGUGCAUGGGUUGGCUGUGGUGACCCCAGGUGGGCCUGGCAGGACUCCAGAUGAGGACAAGAGGGACAAGGUGUGGGGUGGGAGCCACAAUUGAGGAUGCCCCAAGACCACCAAGAGCCCUGGGCUGGGGGCUGAGCUAUAUCCCCGCUCCCCACGGAGGCCCCAACGGGGGCUGAUGGCUCAGAUGCAGAGCAAAACUAGGCUCUUGUUGGAUAAAAGCUUUCUUAACAGA